GUAAAAUGACAACCGCCUGAAAAAAAAACUUCUUGUUUCUGUUCGAUAAUAUUCGACGAUCUUUUGUUUCCUAUUUAAACUUAAUUAAAAGGUAAACAAUGUCUAUUUCACCAUUCCUGCGAGCCCCCUUCACUGAUAUCACUGGUGGUCUGGUGUCCCAUCAGAUGCUGGGCAAGUGCCAGAAGGAGGAAAUGCGAUACAUGGAUUGCUUAGAGGCCUAUGGUUUGGAUAGAGGCCGAGUCAAAUGUGCACAGAUAUUUGAGGAUUUUCAUGAAUGCCAGACCCAUACUAAACAAUUUAAAAGAUUUAUGACCAUGCGUAGGGAGAGAGAUAGACAAAUAGCGGAAGGAAAAUUAAAAGGUGAUGACAAAUAUGUCAGCCCAAAGGUGGACAGUUAUUAAUCAUUUGUAGAGCAAUUGUGUUGUAUAAAUAUUGCAAAAUAGAUCAU